AUGCCGCAUACACUCAGCUACAGUGAAUUCACGUCCUCCUCUCCCGACCUAGAGUUUUCACCCUCUAGAAAAAAUGUUUUCUACAUUCCAAUUCCACCAUCCGGCGAAAUCGUCUUCCAAAGUCUCACCCGCGAGCAGAAGCGUCUUCUCCGCAAUAUGGGGAAGCCGUCCCCGAAGCAGAUCUUCGACGAAAGUCCACCACCAACUCCUGAGAAACGCACCUUUCGCCGACAUAGCCUUGUGCUCUCUCCGGUGCUUCCUGUCUCCGAAGACAGUGACAAUCCGGCAUAUGAAAUGUCACCAAAGGUCCGGGAAUCAACUGAGAAAGUCCGCCUUUACAAGGAAAGACUCGUCGCGAUGAGAGCAAGUCGCUCUCCCGGUAGUACUAGCGCUUCUGUUUCUUCCGUCACAGGGAGUGACGUAAACACUGAAAAGGUUGUUAAAGCUUCUGAUAACAACUCCAUGCGCUUCGAGUAUCCUGGCGUGAACGAGAGUGAAGAUGCCCAUAUCCAGGUUUGUGAGGCUGCACAUAUGCCCGUCAUGGUUGGUGAAGGCGAGAAUAAAGACGGAGCGUGGGAGCCCCUUUUUUCAGGCGCAGACGAGGGGAGACCUUUCGGUCUUGAAGGCCUAGGUAUCAGUGUAUGGACAGAAAAUACCUACAAUACCGGGAAGCUAUUUAAAAAUGACUGUUCCGAGGGUAAUUUCACUGUCGGCAGUGCAACCGAAAGAGAUGAACCGACUUCCGGAGAAGUUGCGACUACUUCAGCAGAUGCGGUCACACUUUCUACCGCGCCCGAUAUACAUCAAUCACAUUCAUGCUGUAAUCUCUUAGACGUGGAUUGUCUUAUGGAUUUCCGUGUCCACGAAGCUGCCAUAACGCCGGUACCGGUCAAAAUAAGCGAUCGUGAAGACGGAAUCUGGGAACCUAUAUUUUCAGGCUCGAGUAAAGACAAGAGCCUCGGUCUCGAAGGCCUAGGCAUCAGUAUAUGGAUAGGGAGCACACACAGUGUGGAGAGGCUUGCCCAAGGUAGCUGCUCCGAUGAUGUUGUCGCUAUUAAUACCGCUGUAGGGAGUGAAGGAUCGGAUGUUUGGGAGGAUAUUGCUCUAUCUGACGAUGAAGUAAAUGUUCCUAUGGAAAAUACUAUUACGCUCGCCGACGUGCGAUCUCCUCCGGAAAGCGACACAGCCCACCACGAUGCCCCUUCAACACCAACAAUAGGCGAUAAAAGCCCUCUCCCAUCUUUCGUCUUCUCUCCUGGUCGUCGUCUGUGCUGCACCGGAGCCGUCAGCAGAUCGGUUCUACUGUUACAGUGGGGGUGGAUGAGUGCAACUUUCGCGCGAAAAGAGGGAGAAUUCAAUUACCUCGAGAGGAGGAUUGAAAAGGCUAGAAAGAACAUUGGAGUGAGUUGA